CAGCCGGGGGGAGGUGGAGCCGCUUUAUCGAGAGCCGAAGUGGAAAUUUCCCCCUCAGUUGCCGGCUCCGCCGCGGAGGAGACUCCAGCCGGACUCGCCCGCCCUUGCCGCCCCGUGCCGCGUCCCGUGCGACCGCCUGCCGCCAUGUCCAACUACAUCCACGUCCCGCCCGGCUCCCCGGAGGUGCCCAAGCUGGACAUCACUGUCAGCGAGCGGGAGGGGCCCGGCUACCGCCAGGGCGCCCUGCAGCUCCUGCGUCGCCUGCGGCCCCACUGGAGACCCGAGGAGGUGACGCUGCAGCUGUUCACUGAUGGAAUCACCAAUAAAUUAAUUGGCUGCUACGUGGGUGACUUAACAGACGAUGUCGUUCUAGUUAGGAUUUAUGGAAAUAAGACCGAGCUCUUAGUAGAUCGAGAUGAGGAAGUGAAGAGUUUCCGUGUGUUGCAGGCCCAUGGCUGUGCACCUCAACUAUACUGUACUUUCAAUAAUGGCCUGUGCUACGAGUUCAUGCAGGGAGAAGCACUGGAUCCAGAGCAUGUAUGCAAUCCAGAUAUUUUCAGACUUAUUGCAAGACAGCUUGCUAAAAUCCAUACUAUUCAUGCACACAAUGGAUGGAUCCCUAAAUCUAAUCUGUGGCUGAAGAUGGGGAAGUACUUCUCUCUCAUACCCACAGAAUUUGCAGAUGAGGAAGUAAAUAAAAGGUUUUUAAGUGACAUUCCAAGUCCUCAAGUUCUUCAGGAAGAGAUGGCCUGGAUGAAGGAAAGACUGUCAAAUUUAGGAUCACCAGUGGUACUCUGUCACAAUGACCUGUUGUGUAAGAAUAUUAUUUACAACAAGAAACGAGGUGAUGUGCAGUUCAUAGACUAUGAGUACUCUGGAUACAACUACCUGGCUUAUGAUAUUGGAAAUCACUUCAAUGAAUUUGCAGGAGUAAAUGAGGUAGACUACAGCCUUUAUCCCAACAGAAAAUUACAGGAACAAUGGCUGAGAUCUUACCUUGAGGCCUACAAAGAAUAUAAAGGAUUUGGCAGAGAAGUCAGUGAAAAGGAAGUUGAAGUUCUAUAUGUCCAAGUCAAUCAGUUUGCACUGGCUUCCCACUUCUUUUGGGGAUUGUGGGCUCUAAUUCAAGCCAAGUACUCCACCAUUGACUUCGAUUUUCUAGGGUAUGCAAUUGUUCGGUUUAACCAGUAUUUCAAAAUGAAGCUGGAGGUCAUGACGUUAACUCUUCCUGAGUAAUUAAGAGGAAGAAACUUACCAAGUGGAUAAGACAACACCUGAAUCUUUUCUGAGAACAGAUACUGGAAAAAAGCUAAACAUUUGUUGUUCUCUAAUGCUCACUUGGUUGUUCUUGCUUUAUAAAUAAUUACCCUAAACAGUCCUUCAAUGUUAAAUUUAAUAUGAAGAGCAUACGUACUGCUGUUGAUAUAAAAUGGAUUAGAAACUUGCUAAAUCUAUAAAAAGUUGUAGAAAUGGCAAUUUAAUCCUUCUUUGUAAUUUAACAUAUGUUGUAUGUGAAUUAUUUAUUAUAAGUUUAACAUGAUUCCAUUGCUGCUUUCAUCAGUUUUUGUAAAAGUUGUGUGCAGACAGUGAAGUUGUUCCAAAGGAUUCGUUUAACAACUUUUAUUUUAUUGAAGUUGCAUUAACUUAUAUUAAAGAAAACGUGGUCAGAGAAUAAUAACCUUUUAGAUGUAUACAAGCAAAAUGACUGAUAGUAGAUUUUGUGAGAUCACCAGUGUGGUGUAACUAAGGAAAAAGGUUAUAGAGUGAUUUUCUUUCUACCACCCCCACCGUUGGUGGUGUGUGGGUUUUUUUUUUUUUUUUUUGGUUUGGUUUUUUGUUUGUUUUAAAGAAAAAACUUAAGCUUUCCAUAUGAUGGUACUUUUCUUUUGUGUAAGAAUCAACCAGCUUGCUUGAAAUGAUAAAUAACGUUUUGAUUUUUUAUUUCCUAAUGCGUUAAGCUGUAGAAAUGUGCAAGUUCUGUGGCCAUAAGAUUCUUUGAGGUUAUGUACCAUCUUAGUGUUAGAUGGACAAUGUACCAUCUCUAACUUCUGUGGGAAAGCUGCUUGUUUAUUAAGUGUACCUUUACAGCAAAAGACCACUAUUCCAAAUCUGUAUUCCUUUUCGAAACUUUCAAUUUGAACACUAUCCUGAUGUCUAUAUUUGAUGUGCUUCAGCAGUAUCUAGUGGAAAGGACUAUUGAACUGAAGAUCAGUGAACAGAGAUCCUGUUGCACAGGGGAGCAAGACACUUAGGUUUACAGUUUGUGUAUUGACGCCUUUCUGCUUUGUCAUCUUCUACCCUUGGAUUCUAGUCUUAAAUGUCCUGUAGUUGCAGAUUCUGUAUGUAUGUGUUUUGGUUUUUUGAGUUUGUUUUGUUUUUUUCCUGCAGCAGCAAAUUACAUUUCAAAGUCUCCAAUUUGAAGGGUAGUAUGGAAAACUCUGACUUGAACAAUGGGGCUUUGAUCAUCACAUCAUUAUUUCUUAAAGCUAUUAUACCAAGAAUGGUCUGGAUUACAAAAUGUGAAUUGACAAGAAAAUGUUUACUUAACAAAACAAUAUAUAAGUUUGCAUGGAAAAGAGGCUUUAAAUCUGAAAGGGGCUGGGGGUGGGGUGGGGGCAGACAGGGGUGGGUGGGUAAGGAAUCCAUAACAGAAAAAUAAAACCCAACAAUGCAGUGUGGAGUUGGGCAGGCGUUUACUCAACUCUGAUCAUACUCUGAAAAACUUUGCACUUUGGUCACAUAAGUGCCCACAUGUACAAAGUCUGUGUGUGUGCAUAUGCAUGGGCAAACACAAGCUUACCUGAAGAGUAAAUACUAUGGGGUGUCUGUUGUACAGACUCCAGCAAAGAUAUUUAUUCAGAAUUGCUUUAUGGCACACCGUUGUGUGUGUAUACAUCUGUACACAUAUACACACAUACAUAUGUGCUUUACAAAAGCUUGGAUUGAUUCAGGACAAAGAAAAUUGAUGUGAAUGAAAAAUUUUCACCUUGAAAGACCAUUUUGAAUGGCAUUCUGUUAUUUUACAAAAGCAAGGUUUGGGAUUUUUUUUUUCUUCUUUCUAUUAAUCUCUGAAUGUUUCCAUUUUUAUUAUUUCCUUCAUCAAAACCUUAAAAAUCCUUAUAGAAAUGGGAGAACUGGGAUUUUUUGUAACUUGAAAUUUGGUAACCAUUUUCACUAGCUUUUGUUAGCUGGAGGCUACUAUAAUGGACAAACUUUCUUGGUAGUUAAAUAGAAACAAAUAGCUAAAACAUCUAUAUUUUCCUUUGUAGCGGUUAUCAAGGAUGUUGCUAGAGCUCAUGAAAGCACUGAAGACUUACUAAUUUUCUGUACUUUCUCCCUGUUGACAUUACUGACCUAUGUUGAGUAAUACCCUGUUGUCUUGGUAGGCCCUUUAAGUUCAACAAGAUCUGGAAGUAAGAUUGAUAAAAGUUUUUUUGAACUCUUAUUACUGUUUUCUUCAAGUGGUGACUCUAUUUCUUGCAGUGUUGUUUUGUAUUUGUGAAAUGUUUGAAAAAGGCUGUGAAGUUCACUUCGUGUUGGGAAAUCCAACACUUGACAGAUCCCAACUUUCCCAGCAGUUGGCAAAACACAUUCCCUUUUCAGGUACCAGUACUAUUUAAGCUUGGAGUUAGUGUAAUUUUUUUCAGUAGUAUUUUUGUUUGUAUAGCUCAAGUAGCAAUAACUGUAGGAGUAGAAGCUUGCUUCUGCAGAACCAAAGCUAUUCAUGAGUGCAGCUCAAUCUCAUUCGCGUGAAGUUCCACUGAAUCCUGUGAAAGCACUUUGAAGCAGAUAGUAAAUACUGCAAGCUUUUCCUGAGCCACUUCGAAGAAGCACAAGGAUUAUCACAGGUUACGGUGGUUGAGUUUGCAGUACUGGGUAGAGGCUUUCAUUUUGCAUGUUGAAAUUCAUUUUACACACUUAAAUGCUGCUUUGCAUCAGCUUUCUUUCAAGACAAGUGCAGAUUAAAACAAUUCCUGAUACAUUCUGAGGAAAUACUGUAAAACAUUUUCCAAAAUGAAAUGCCAGUUACCUUGAGCCUUGUUCCACAUCCGUUUGAGCCAGUAGCACUCAGAUACUGAAUAUCUACAGGUGUGUUAAGUUUGAAGCAGUAGUUUGCAAUAGCUUUGCAGGUUAUAAGGUAGCUUGAAACUGUGAAUACAGGACGUUCUGAAUGUAAGUUGGGUACUAGAGCACCGAACUAGAGAACAUGUACUUGUUUCAAUUAAUUUAUCUCAGUCUCUUUAAUAGCAAUGUUAAGAUAUUUGAAGGAGGACAAAAAAUGACUGAGCUCUAGAAACAUCCUGUAGUAGUUUUGACUGUGACUUGCCAAGAAGAUACUCUGUUGCCUUUAUGUUAAGCAAAGGGCAUGAAUGCCAAAAUUAAUAAUUCCUACUGUAGUUAAACCUAUAUUGUAAAUAUAAAGAGGAUUAUUAGUAACAGCAUUCUUGCAUAAAUAGCAUCAAGUCAAUAGACCAUAGUGGCCUGGUUGCUUUUGUAAAGCAGAAUAGUGUGAACUUUUUUCUUCUCAUUUCUGCAGUCAGAUCUGGUUAACCCAUGCCUAAUUUCUUAGGCCACCUAAGCAUUAAAGAUUUCUGGAUGCUAACUGUUCUUGUCACAUAAGUUUAAAUUCCUUUAUUUACACUGCUUGAUUUGCAUUUUAGAAGGACUUACCAAAUUUGCAUUAACUGGGUCUGACUGUAUAUGUAUAUACAACAGUGUAAAUAACCAUCUGUAAAUUAGUGUGAAUUGUACUGUAUCUUGCAUUUAUGGACUUGUGUAUUGCAUUGUAUUCUCUCCUAUUUUGUAGAAAUUUUGAUGUAAAGAAGAAAUCUAACUCUGUGUGCGGACUUCUUUUGUUAAAUUGACCUGUAACAGGAGCAUAAUAGUUUUAUGUUACGGUAUCCGCUUACAGCCUUGGGCAUUCAGCGUCUUUUUUUCCCUGUUAGCUUUUUUGACAUCUUGCUCUUGGGAAUGAUUCUGGGAAUAAAGGAAUUCAUACAGCACUAAGAUGUAGAGAAAGUCUAUUCUAAUAAUAGGGCAAACUGUCUGAGGUACAUACAGUACCUGUGGUAUAGGGAAAGCUGUUAAAAUCAUUUACUUCAACUUCCAAAAAUUUCCUGUACGCUAUUGAAUGCUGGUGACUUCUUAAACAUAAGCAUGUUGGAUUGAAGUACUCUUACCGUGUGUGCUCCCAUGGUGACAGCAAUUGAGUUAGUUGUGAUAGAAGUCCCCCAGCAUAAAUGUUUUUGGUGGAUAUAGCCUUAUAAUAGGAUUAGUUGCUAACUUGUAAAUGAUUAUCAAAAAUGGCCAAAUCGCUAUAAUAGUUCUGCCAGUCAUUUUCCUCAGCACUAGAACUACUGGUAGCCCCUUUAGACUAUUUGAAACUUAUCUGAGGUAUUUUCCUUGCGUGCCAUUCCUUCUCCCUCUGCCCUGUGCCCACAGCCCUGCUUCACUAGGGGAAACAUGAAUAUAAAAGCUUCCUUUCCCUACUUAAUCAUCACUGUUUCCUUUUUGACUAAAACUGUGUUCUGUUUUGUCAGUACAUGACUUCUCACAGAAUUUUUUUUGGUGUAGAAAGUCCCUUUCUGAAGAGGCCUUUAAUCUUGGCAGCAUAGGCAUAAUGAAGCACCGUUUUCCCCAAAUGCCUGACUGUACUUCAUUACUGUUGCCUUUCACUGUCUGUCUUGAACUCCAUAGUGUCCUUCAAGCUGUUAGUUUAUUAUUGUCAUUGCUGUGUUUUAACUGCUGGAAAAUACUGGUGUGCAAAUCUCAUUGUCCGUCGUCGGACAAAUUGAUCUUGAUACAGUGUGUGCAUCUGUCAGCUUUGUCUGCACCGGAUGGAAGGUAUGCGUGCUCGUCAGUGUUGACACGUUAACUUCCUAGGGUCCUGGAACGUGAGUUUGUCAAAUAAGUGUUAGUCAAGAGGAGGGGCUGGGCUGGGUAAAUACAAGUCAAAGGAAGUCACUCACAUGGAAACUCAAGCUUGAGCUUUUUGAUAUAGCAAGAUACUGGGUAUUCUUACUUACUUGCAUGGUUUGAGGACAAGAGCAAAUUGUAAAGGGUAAAGUUUGUUGCUUAAUGAAGUUCAGCUUUUUCCAAGCCUUUGGUAGCUAACAAAACCUUAUAAAAUAUUUUUUUGUUUCUCCUACGGAAAGAAAUCUUAAAUUUAAGUAACUUCAUGAUUAAACAAAACUUGGUUCUAUAACCCCGUGGAAUAUAAUCUGUUGCUUGGGGUAGUCCUUGUAUUUUGCAUAGGAGGUUGGCCACAUCUGACUUGUCUGUGUUUGAGGUGGCUGUCUAUUCUUGAUUUGUUUUAAUGUUUUUGUAUUAUUACUGUGUUCAUGGAUGCCUUCUAAGGUGUGCUAGAUUACUGAACUACUGGAAUUAGUUGCUGUCUCCUGUCAUCUCUUCCACACGAGGCUGGUUGUGAUUAUAGUAUUGGAACAGAAAAUGUUUGAUCAAACAUUGAGGUGAUGCAGGGCUGAUGUUGAAUGGUCUUGCUGAUUCUUUCCCCCCAUUGUUAUUACUGUGGGCUGCAAGGCAAUUCUUUUCAUUAGUUGAGCAAGAUGUAAAAGCCAUGACCUUUUGGUCUUGUGCAAGGUAGGCAUUCUGUUAGCUAACCACACAAUUUUUAAGAAAGGGGUUCUCGGCACUGAGAAACCACACAAAUCCAGAUGGGACAUGUCAGAAGAAACCAAACUUUGUGACGCUUAAGACCUCUGGAGUGGAAAGGAAAGUGUGUAAAACUUUUGCAUGUGCUGGUUGUGUGGAAGGGCUUUAGCUAAGUAAUGUGGUGAGACACUGGAAAAAGCAUUGUUUGCAUUUAAGUGACUUUCCAGGUGGUCUGAUCCGUAGAGAUAAAAUUCUUGUGAUUAGGAAACCGGUCAAGCUGGGGGGAGAGGGAAGAAACAUUUCAAAAGAUCUUUUAGAAAAAGCCCUAUGCAGUUUGAUUAAUUUGCAGUGCUGAAGUGUGUUGGGCUUUUCUGUGUAUUUAAUAGUACAGGCAGUGGUCUGCACUAGAUUCUUUAAUGGAGGGGUUUGACUGUUGUGAAAUGCCAGAAAACUGGAAUGGCUCUGACGCCCAUUAUCUUAGAACAUGUGGCCAGAUUUCACCAGAUGACAAACUGGUUCAAGAUUUUACAUUAGCUGUCUCGGGUUCCCUAUGGUGUGGAACUUAAUUCAUGGACUUGCCAAAUACGUUUGAUUUAGAUGCUCAUAUAGAGAUGUGACAGAGAAAACUUGGUGGAAAGUAAAAGUUGUGUGAACAUUUAGGAGGCAAACAUGUUACUUGAUACCUAACAAACUUUGAAAAUAAGUGCUGAAAUAACUUCAGGUACUGCACCAGCCUAUUUUUGUGGUACUGCAGCUGUGUUUUUCCUAUGUUAAGUGGUCUUUUUCCUCACAUAGAGAUCCAUGCAAAACACAAGAUGAGAGAGACCAUGGAAGAGAAACAUGAAAAAUUUAUACAAUGCCAUAAAAUGCAGUGUGAACUGGAAAAAAGUAUGUUUCUAAGCUUUUAGUAGUAGUAAUUCGUAAGUGUUAUCAAAAAAUGAUAGGUGUCAAGUCUUCAGUGUGUGCAAGAUUUAUUUUUUUUUUGGUAGAAAUGUUCCUUUUAGCGUUUUGUAUUUCAGAUGCAGUCCGUGGUAGUUAAUAAUGCUGCUUUGUACACAAGUGCUUUGAAUAGUCUCAGCACCAAGAAUGUAUCCAAUCUUUCUUAAAUACGACUUGAGGUUAGAUUCACUGGUUCUGUCUCAACCCUCUUACUCCAGCUAUCUAAAUCCCUUUAAAUACUUGCAGAAACAGGGCCAUAGCCUAUUAGGGAUAUAUUCCAUUUUGUCUUUUUUUUUUUUUUUUUUUGUUACUGCGUAUUUUUGGUGUUCUUUUAAACACGAGUCCAUUUAUGUUCUGUGAAUAAAAAAAGAUCAAUUUACACAAGCCUUUGUCAUCUUCCAGCACUGUUAUCCCCUCAAAAAGUCCCCAUGAUCCUUCUUGUAUGUUGUGGAGUUUUAGGUGCAUCAUUUAUCCAUUGGAGUGAAUUGUAUUUCUUUUGAACUAAAUGUUAUUGGAGCUAUUCUAAGGCCUUCUACCACUGAUUAAAUGAAGUAAUGUACCUUUCAAAGAGAUUUAUAUUGUGUAAAUAAUUUCAAACUGCAACAAUAAAGUUUGUUUCUAACUGCA